AUGAAGGAACCAAUAUUUCGAAACUGUUGCUGCUGUUGUGACUUAAAAGUUGGUUGUUGUAUCUACGUCGGACUUUCGCUACUUGUUUCAAUUCUCGAUUUUUUUAAAACAAUUGGAAAUUUAGGCAGUAGUAGAAAUAGUAUUUAUUAUGAUUAUGAAUACGGUUAUAGACAAAAGCCGAGUGAUAUUCCAGAAUGGACGAAAUAUUUGAACAUUUUAAUUUGUAUCGUAACCAUCAUCACAUGUAUUUUAUUUUUCAAAGGCGUGUCCGCUAAAAAGCCGAGUCUUUUGAAGCCAUUCAUCAUAGCUCAGACAUUUUCUUUAGUCUUAAUUACAAUUGUCAUAUUGUUCCUGCUGCCUUUUAUUGGAGAUGCGGCUUUAAUGGUAUUCAUCAUUGCUGUAAUCCCAAUUGGAAUAUGUGCUUAUCUAAUAGCUUGCGUUUAUUCACUCUACGUUUCUAUGCAAAAUGGACCUGACAUGUCUGCAGGACAUGUUUAUAUCCCACAAGUAGUUGUUCAAUCUCAAAUGCCUCAAAAUUAUCAACUUCAAAAUGUUUAUUAUGCUGCUAAUCCAACUGAUCCUUCAUAUCCACAAAGUUCUGCGCCGUAUCCUCCAAAUUCAGCUUCAUGUCCACCAAAUUGUUCUCCAUAUGCUCCAAAUACAUACUCACCAGGACCUUACAAUCCAAAUUUUUAUCCAAUAAAAUCUUAUGGACCAAAUUCACUUCCACCAAACUAUAAUGCUGCAGUAGAUGUUGCAACUAAUGAUAGAGAGAAGAAACAGCCAUUUAAAUAUUAA